AUGCAAUGUAGUGAGCAUGUUUUCCUUUUCUUUUCAGCCUUGAGUACUGCUACAAUUUUAAGCUAUUUGUAUGGUAUUGAAACUUUGAAUGGUUCAAACUUCUAUGACUGGAAAGAACAAAUAGAGAUAGUCAUGGCCAUUUUCAUGAUUGAUUUUGUCCUAUUAGAGGACGAACCUCCAAAACCCACUGAUCAGAGCACGAAAGAGGAAAAAGAUAAACAUGAAGAUCGGGUGAGAGCCAAUCGUAUUUGCUUGAUGGUAAAGAAAUGGACAAUUUCAAAGAAUAUCAGAAGUGGUAUCCCAGAUGAGACAGUUGCUAAGAAAUACAUGACUAGGGUUCAAGAGCAGUUUGUCGGCUCCUCCAAAGCGAUUGGUAGUUCCUUAAUGACACAAUUAGUAAAUUCAAAAUAUGAGGGUGCGGGAAGUGUAAGAGAACACAUACUUCACAUGGCUGAUCUUGCUACCCAAAUGAAAAGCAUAGAGAUGAAUGUGGAUGAUGGAUUUCUCAUCCAAUUUAUUUUGAAUUCUCUCCCAUAUCAACUUGAUCAACCGAACAUCACAUACAAUGCUCAAAAGGACAAGUGGAGCCCUAGUGAGUUGAUCUCCAUGUGUGUACAAGAAGAGGAGAGGCUGAAGAAAAAUAAAGUUGAUAGCAUGAAUAUUGCGGUAUAG